AAGUCCAAACCAGAGGUACCAUCCCGCUUGAUAUCUGUUCAGCUGUUUCUACAAAAAAAAAAAUUCACCCCUCUUUCCUGUCUGGGAAACCAGAAAGCCAGCGCAAGAGUUUAAAAGGCAGAAAGAUCUGUGGCCAGGCUGAAUAAGUAGUUAAUAUGAGCAUCACCGAUAUCCUGAGCCCUUCUGAUAUAGCUGCCGCCCUCAGAGACUGCCAAGCUCCAGAUAGUUUCAACCACAAAAAAUUCUUUCAGAUCAGCGGAAUGGCCAAAAAGAGCGGCAGCCAAGUAAAGGAAAUCUUCCGGAUCCUAGAUAAUGAUCAAAGCGGCUUCAUUGAGGAAGAUGAACUUAAAUUUUUCCUCCAGAGGUUUGAGUCUGGAGCCAGAGUGUUAACAGCGGCAGAAACCAAAACGUUUUUGGCAGCGGCGGACCACGAUGGAGAUGGGAAAAUUGGGGCUGAAGAGUUCCAGGAAAUGGUGCACUCCUAAAGACCUGGAAAUGACCACGCGUGAUGAACGGACUCAUCCACCUCUAGGAGACCCCUCUCCCAAAUCUCCUAAACCCAGGAAUCUUUCAUUAUCUUGUUUAUUUAUUUAUUUUUUGCCUUGACUGUGUGUUACCGGCUUAUAGAUUUCAGUGAGGAACCACGACUGCACUAGCCAACGCAAGCGACGUCGGGCUAGUGUAGAUUUUUGGUUACCAUCUUAGCAACUGCCGCACUGAAAACAAUUAAACAGAUGUUGCUCACUG